GGACCUACGUGUUACGAUACACCAGAAAGUAUUUAGACUCUUCCAAGUCCGGUGGUGUAAGUAGGUAAAGUUGAACCGUCCCCUCCCUGUCUUUCUAUUCCCCAUUCUCUUGUGUCUCUCCUCUAUCUCUCCUCAACCCGAUCUCAUCUAAGCUAAAAUGGCUGUUGGUAAUGUCAAGUCUAGAGUUAGGUCCUUUUUUCGACCUGGUUUAGCUAAGAGAAGAAGAUCAAGCAACACAUCUUCGGAAUAUGAACACAAGAAACUCAAGAAUGAGUUGACACCAAGGGCCCAUGAUGGCGCCACUGAUGAUGGUAUUACCGUUGCCGUUUCUGAUGCAGAUGGCGUCGGGUUCGAUAUGCAACUCGCCAGCCCGUUCUUCCACAAUCUUCCCAUUGAGAUUAGAAGGAUGAUAUAUAAUCUCGUCUGGGCUGGCCCCUACGACCACAAAUACCAUGCUGGUCGUAGUCGUCAUAUCCACUUCCAAGAUGGCCAUUGGACCAAUACAAGAUGUGUCAUGUAUGAGGAUGACGAAGACCUGGAUCUGCUCCAGAGGAACAUGGACUCAAUCCAUACUUCGGGCAAAGGUGACCUACUCAUGUGGCAGAGGAGGUUGUCGUCGACCUGGGGAAGCCGACAUUGGAGAUGCGAAGAAAGAAUGCAGUACGAGAGACGAAAGUCAGUGGACCGCACCAACUUCGUGUCUAUGAUGCUGGUUUGCAAACGCAUGUUUCCUGAAGUCGUCGAGUCAAUAUUUGAAUCGCACCAAUUUCUAUUCAACGACUUUUUCUCGGCACAUAGGUUCUUCGUCUAUAACCCAUCACCAUACAUACCACAUAUACGCCAUCUGGACUUAUCGCUUAAUCUUCCUUUCCAUGAAUACGCACCAUUCAUCGUCGGCGCAUCCAAGAGCCGAGUUAGAGAGCUCUGGAAGGCCCUAGGACGUAUCUCAUGUUUGCAUACUUUGCGCAUCUCUCUCGAUAUUUACGAUCGCGGUGCUUGGCGCAAGAUCCCGGAACAGCGCGUCACGGAGCAACUCAAGGACCUCAAGGUAUUGAGAAGUUUUACUCUCGAGUUGCCACCAUCGCUGCCCAUCAAGGCACAUAUUCCAAAUAUGGAAAAUCUCGAUGCGCAAGAAGAAGCACCAUUCACAGUUGUACGCCGCCCUCCUUUGCGAUAUUGGCAGUUCGCUCCUGGUGAGGUGGAGCGCUUCACGUGGGACAUGCACACGAAAGGCCAGCAGACUCACUGCUUCAUUGCUCUGAGCAGAGAUGCGAGGAAUGUCCCUAAUCCGUACUUAUUGGACUUCUUUUGAAAAUGAUAGGCUAUAGGCAGUGAAAACGCGUGUUGAUUGGUUCUUCGGUGUACGAGCCGGGAGCCAGGAGUCGGGAGUUAGAUCCCGCAGGGUACUUAAACAAAGAAUAGGUAGGUAUUACUAACAUCACAUGUCUACAAUUAAUAUCGAAUGAAUCCGAAUGACUCAUUUCGGAUAGGGUCGUCUGGAUGGAUCUGGAUGGAUCGGAAUACAUUUUUAUGAAUUUGUUUUGCAGUUGAUGUGCGUCCAUCUGGUCAUAUUACUCGAGUCAUUAGUUCUCAUAGGCAACACCCUCCUGGCCCCCCCUUAUUUCUCCCACCUUACUCUUUUCGUACGUAUAAACAAUACGCUGCAUCAGCCACAGUCGCAUCGGACGACUGACGUUGCUUAAGUGUAGUUACACGGC